AUGACGAACGAUAAAACACAGCAGUCCCCGGCAUCUGGUCAAGGGUCAGAAUCAAACCCCAGACCCGACCAUGAGCAACCCGGAAAAGGAACUCCGAGUCCGCAACCAGGAACCGAAACAGAUGAGAAGUCUGCUAGGGAUAACAAGCCAACUGCGAGCCGUAUUGACGAUACUCCGGCCUCGGGUGUGCCGGAGUCAACGAAAUGGAGCACUCUCCAACGAGUGUGGAACUGGAAGCCCAAGGCGGCUCGCUAUGAUCCCGAGAACCCUCCCGAGUUCACCAUCUGGCUGAACAUGCUGUUUGGUUUUGCAUCCUGCUUCACCGUCGCCAACCUCUACUACAACCAACCCAUCCUCAACCGCAUCGCCGAAACCUUCCACGUUACCUUCGAACAAGCCUCCUCCGUCGCCACGCUCAUGCAAGCCGGUUACGCCGGCGGCCUCCUACUGAUCUGCCCACUCGGCGACAUCUUCCCCCGCCGACCCUUCAUCCUCGCCCUCGUCACAUUCACCGCAACCCUCUGGCUCCCCCUCUGCCUAACCUCCUCCCUCCCGCUCUUCCAAGCCCUCUCCUUCCUCGCCGGCCUCACCACCGUCACCCCGCAGCUCAUGCUCCCCCUCGUCGGCGACCUCGCCCCGCCCCACCGCCGCGCCAGCUCCCUGGCCGUCGUCGUCUCGGGCCUGUCGCUGGGCGUGCUGGUCGCCCGCCUGCUGUCGGGGGUGCUGGCGGCGUAUACGCACUGGCGGGGUGUUUAUUGGUUUGGGCUGGGCGUGCAGUGGCUCGUGAAUGCUGCGUGUGGUGGCGUAAGGGGGUAUGUGGGCAUGGUGGUCGGGGUUGGGCGGUUGUUGGUGACGGAGCCGUUGCUGGUGCAGGUGGCCGUGGUGGCGUUCCUGUUGAGUGCCGUGUUUACGUCGUAUUGGACGACGUUGAGUUUCUUGUUGGCGAGUGAGCCGUUUGAGUAUGGGAGUGUGGUGGUGGGCUUGUUUGGGUUGAUUGGAGUGGUGGUGAUACUGGCCGCGCCCGUGUACAGUCGGUUGGUGAUCGACAAGGUGGUGCCGUUGGCCUCGGCGAUCAUGGGCUUGUCGGUCGAGUUGGUGGGUGUGGUGGUCGGGACGUUCACGGGUUCGUUUCAUGUUGCCGGGCCGGUGAUCCAAGCGAUUGCCAUCGACCUGGGUUCCCAGUUCACGCAGAUCGGGAACCGCGCAGCUGUGUAUGAUAUCCAGCCCCUGGCCAGGAACAGGGUCAACACGGCCUACAUGGUGGCCGCCUUCUCGGGGCAGUUAACGGGCACGGCGGUUGGGAAUAGGUUGUAUGCUCAGGGGGGGUGGGUGUAUAGUGGGAGUUGCAGCAUCGCCUUCAUUGCCCUUGCGUUGAUUGUUUGUCUUGUUCGAGGCCCGAGGGAGACCGGGUGGGUCGGAUGGUCGGGAGGAUGGGCAAUACGCCGGGAUGAUAUACCAAGCGGGAGCUCCGAACCCGAUCCCGAGGUUUCGGUUGAAGGGACCGAACUAGUAGAGAUAUGUAGCGAAGGCGGUUAUCAUGACAAGAACAAAUGA